GAUUCGCUGCCUGCAUCUCCUUUUGUAUGCGGCGAGGGGCGGGGAGGCGCUAGCCCCCGCCUCCGCCCCGUCCUUCCUCCUCCCUCCUCCUCCGCCUUCCUCCUAUGCUAAGCCAGCGCCAGGCGAGAGCCGCUCGCCAGCAUCUCCGGCUGGCCAGUCCUCUCUCGCCAUCCCUGCAGUGAAAGGGCCGCCCAGGGAUGCCUUUCCAGCUGUGAUGCCCCCCAGCAAGCGGCUGGUGGAGCCCCCUGGUCCAAUCCUGGCAGCAGCAGCAGACACCCCCGGAUUGGUCCCUUGGGUGCUGCCGCUGUCUCCCCGACACCCAAAGGGAUGAAGAGGCGGGAGGAUCCCUCUGCAGAGAGCCAGCAGGGAGCCAUGCCGGGCAGCGGGGGUGCUGGCAGGGGGGAAGGCGUUAGGGCAGCCCUCCAGGAGGAGGAGGAGGACGAGGAGGUCCCAAGCUGGGGGUCCUCGGAGCAAGCCCCCCCGGAAAGCGCCGCGCUCGGGCACUGCCAGGUGCCCGCAUCACCCCAGUACGGUGUGAGUUACCGUUGUCUCCUGCGUCAGAACCAAGUCCUCCUUACAGCGCUGGAGGAGCUGCAGUCCCGCUGUGCCGCCCUGAAGAAGGAGAACAGCCUGCUGCACAAGAGCUGCUUCCCAGAGACUCAGGAGAAAGUGAGGCACCUGAAGAGGAAAAAUGCUGAGCUGGCCGUCAUCGCCAAGCGCCUGGAGGAAAGGGCACGGAAGCUCCAGGAAGCCAACCUCAAAGUAGUCAACACCCCGGUUGCGGUGAAGGGCUCCUGUGCGGGACUCUGCAAGAAAGCACUGGCCCGCCAGCGGGCUAUGGACCUGCGCGAGCAAGCCAGUGUGCUGCUGGCAAAGGACAAGCAGAUCAACGCCCUGCAGCAGGAAUGCCAAGACCUGCAGGCCAAAAUCACGUCGGGAAAGGAAGCUUCUUCUCCUUGCCUCCCCCUCCUGGACUUCCGCCACCUGCUCCAAGAGUCGCAGAAGGAGGUGCUGCGUCUACAGAGGCAGAUCGCCCUGAAGAAUUUCAAGGCAUCCCUGGGCUCUCACAGCCAGGGGUCAGGGGAUGCUUCCUUGGCAUCAGUCAUGGGCAUGGGGUCCCCUGCACCAGCCCUGCCGGCCUACUCAAAUGGCUUUUCUCCUUCAAGGGUCUCACGGCAGCGAAAUGUGCUGUCCUCUGCAGUGGAGGCAGUGAGGAAGAGGGGCCCCAGAGCCCAUCCUCUGGCACAAGUGCAUGAUGGGUAUGAAACCCUCCCUGUGAAGAAGGGGGUCGCAACUUCUCCCGAGACCAAACGGCAGAUCCAGCAAUUGGAGUCUGAGCUCAGAAGAAAGCGGAAACAAUGUGAAAACCUUGAACAUGAAGUGAGGAAGAAGCACAAGAGAUGUGCAGAGCUCGAAAUCCAAUUGCAGGAGGUGCAAAGCAAUAAUGUCCGGCUGUGUGAGGAGAACACUCUGCUUCAUGGGCAAUUGGAGUGGACAGAAAAGGUUGAAUCUGAAAAUGCUGACUUGAGGUUGCAGGUGGCUGUGGUGACCGAGGAACGGGAUUCUGCUCUCCAGAAAACCCAGGAGCUCCAGAACAGGCUGGAGAGUCUCGGGCAGGCGCUAAAGCACAUGAGAGAUGUUGCGGAACGAAGGCAGCAGCUGGAACAGGAGCAUGAGAGGGCCCUGCAGGCCUUGCAGAAGAAACAGGAGGAAGUCAGGCAACUGCAGCAGGCCCAGGCUGAAGCAAGGAAGGAGCACGAGGGAGCAGUCCAGCUCUUGGAGAAUUCCUUGGAUUGCAUGCAGGCCCGCGUGAGAGAGCUGGAGGAACAGUGCCAUAGCCACACGGAGCAGUUUAAUUUCCUCUCUCAAGAGCUCAAGCAGUUUCGUCUCCAAACUGAGAAAAUCAGUCUUCCGCCUUCUUCCCAGGUGACGUCCGAAGUCACCUUCACCACUUGCCAGACUUCUCUGCAGCUCCUGGAGGGACUCAAGGAGAAAGAUCCAGAAACUGCCACCAUCUCUCCCCGGUGCAGCCAGAAAGCUCAAGAUGGAGGGCUGGAAGGAAUCUCCCGCCUUGCUGAGCCCGUGGUGCCCGCUGUGGUCAGAAGCCCAGGUGCAAAUACCCCUCCGCUUGCCUCGAAGAAAAUGGUCAGGAAACUGGAGUCCCAGUCCAGCUCCUCAAGAUCCGAGUCCAUGCAGAACAGCCCCAAAUCCUGCCCUACCCCUGAGGUGGACACAGCCAGUGAAAUGGAAGAGCUGGAUAUCGACACGAUCUCACUAAUCCCAGAACCAGAGAACCAAGGUCCAGUGAAGCUCCGAGUCUUCUUAGCUCGUUACAGCUACAAUCCAUUUGCCGGCCCCAACGAGAACCCCGAAGCAGAACUCCCGCUGACGGCCGGUGAGUACAUUUACGUCUACGGAGAAAUGGACGAAGAUGGCUUCUUUGAAGGGGAGCUGAUGGAUGGGCGGAGAGGCCUGGUCCCCUCCAACUUCGUAGAGCGAGUUUCAGACGAGGACCUUGUGACGUUCCUGCCUCAGGAACUCCACGAUCUCUCCCAGAGCUCUCCUCUGGAAAGGAGCUCCCUCAGCACCAGCCUCAGCAGCGCGGAAAGGAGCGACUGCUCCACCGAGGAGCUCAGCGCCAGCACAGCACCCUCCAGGCUGGAAGAGGACGAGGGAGCCACACCCACGGAACGAGCCUCGCUAGUAGUGCCUUACCCCAGGAAGGUGACCCUCAUCAAGCAGUUUGGCAGCAGCCUCUUGGUGGGCUGGGAGCCCCCCCUGCCCACCCCCGGCUCCUCGGAGAUCCAGAGCUACAACCUCUACGUGGAUUCCGAGCUGCGGCAAACCGUGAAGGCCGGAUCGCAGACGAAGGCUGUCGUCGAGAGGCUGGACUUGAAAACGAGAACCUACCGCCUCUCUGUGCAAAGCGUCUCGGAGGCCGGGAGCUCUGACCGGUUGCGGUGCACUUUCCUGGCCGGGGGCGGGUUUGCCGUGGCCCCCACCCAGCUCAGGGUGCGGAGCGUAGCGGCCACCUCAGCGCAGAUCUCUUGGGUGCCCAGCAACAGCAACUUCCCACACACCGUGUACCUUAACGGGGAGGAGCACGAGGCCGCCAAGGCGGGAGUCUACUGGUACACCUUCCGGAACUUGAACCCGAGCACUUCCUACGUGGCCACGGUGGAAGUCCAGCCGCAGCAGCAGGCGCUCGGGGAACCGGCCCCAGAGAAGCAGGAUCAGCCGCUUUCCGCAGAGAUCCAGUUCACAACGGCAUCAGCAGGGUCUCCAGAUGCUCCCCUGGAUGUCCGAGUGGAGGCUGGUCCCAGCCCUGGGAUUCUGGUGAUCAGCUGGCUGCCUGUCACCAUCGAUGCAGAAGGAUCGUCCAAUGGGGUGCGAGUCACCGGCUACGCCGUGUACGCAGAUGGGCAAAAGGUGAUGGAAGUGACCUCUCCGACAGCUGGCAGCGUCCUGGCUGAGAUUUCCCAGCUCCAGAUCCUGCAGGUCUGCCAGGAAGUCUCCGUAAGAACUGUGUCCCUUUAUGGCGAGUCAGUGGAUUCGGUGCCUGCUCAGAUCCCCUUGGCUCUGUUGGGAGACGCCACCAGCUGUUCCUCUCCGCUGGAGUUUGGCGGUCCUGCCGUCGUGCAGCUUCCGGGCAGGGAGGGGCGGGAUGUCCUCACCUCCCAGACCUCCCAGGCAUGCGGGACGGAGGACACCCCUGCAGCCGCUGCCACCGAUUCCUUUGCCAAAUCCACCUCCCAGCCUAGCGUCAGCAGAAAGAAGUCUGGGAGCGCCUUGCUGGCGGAGACCUCCCCCAAGGGGUCCACCUCUCCCACCGGGGCUGCCUUGACACAUGUGCCGCAGGGUUCACCUCCAGAAAUGGGUCCUCUACCUAGGGGAGAAGGGAAUGCUUUUGCACCAGUGACUGAGGGCAAUCCAGCCAUGCUCAGGAAGGAAUCUGAAGAGGGCGACCAGCAGCCCCUGCUGGUGUCCAGAGCGCAGGAGGCAGCGAGCCGAGGGGAAGCCUGCUCUGCCGAUCUGGGGGCGAAAGAGCCUCCACCCGAAAGGGGGGCAGAAAGCGAUCCAAGUUGCCUGGGAGCGAAGCUGUUGCCACCCAGCAGGUCUUCCCUGCAAGGCGAGGAGAGGUCCGCCGACUCGGGGCAAAGCGAGAGGCGAGCCCCAGAAUCUGUGGCUGGAUCUUCCGGGAGGUUGAAGCUGCUAAAGGAGAUUCCCAGGGAUGACUCCUUGCUGGCGCCCAGGGUCAGAAGAGAGGGAGAGAAAAGGUCUGAUGCGGGAAAUCGUCCGGUGACUCUUCUGACUGACCACAGCCGCGGGUCAGACCUGUCUGAUAUCAUGGAGGAAGAGGAGGAGGAAGAAGAGGAAGCAAGUCAGCCGUCUGGCAAGGCAGGAGAAUCAAAAUGGGCUCCAAGUGAAUGCCCUGGCAGAGAAAAUGGAGAGAAGCUGGACCUUGGCGACACCGAUAGCGACGAAGAGAUCCUGGAACGGAUCCUGGAGAUGCCAUUGCAAAAAAACUGCAGCAAAGCACUUUUCAGCAUCCCAGAAGUAACGGAAGAAGAGGAGGAGGAAGAAGAUUGGGACCACGGCCUGAACAGACCAGUUUCACCCCCUCUGGCAAGGAAGUCUUCUGAUGGCUUCCGGGAUAGGUCUCCCUACAAAAGAACAGAAGCUCCUCCUCUUCCUGUGGAUGCUCCACCGAAGAGGAACCAGGUUCCGUCAGAGGAGGAAGUCUUGCUGGAUGUCCCCGGGAAGUUCAGGAGAGAGGGUGUGAGUGAAAUGCCAGCUUACCCUGGGAACUGGGAGUGGGAUUGCCCUGAGAUUGCUGUGGAGAGGAAGUCUUCCCAGUGGGGAAGGCCCAGCCGUUGCAGAGAGAAAGGACUCGCUCCAUCCCAGGGAAACAGGAAGAGGAAGGUGGAUAUACAAGAACGACCCACCCGUUCCAUGCUGAGCAGUUCCCACCAAGGCGGAGGAGGCCUCUACAGGGCCCGGAGCCUGAAGGAAAACUUGGACGUGAUCACCAGCCUCGGGGUGGAGGACAAGUCGGAUCUGUGCAGCUGGGCGAGGCAGAGACCCCGCCAAAGGAGGACGGUGCCCCUCGAGGCGGCGGGGGAGGAAGAUGGCCCCGGAAGCCUCUCCCGCUGCCUCAGCCCGGAGAGCUUGGAGAUCAACGUCGAGUACGACUCCGACGAGGACAUGACGAUCACGUCCACCCCGGCCAGCCAGCUCAGUUUGGACGGGAGGGCCGACGGAUCCCCCACGGACUGCGAAGAGGGGUGGAGUGACUCCUCCAGCCGCUCGGGGUCGGUCCAGUCCAGCGGGCCGAGGGAGCUGAAGAGGUGCAGCAGCUGGGAAGAGGAGAGUGGGGAAUGGAGCACGUCCCCCAGCCGCUCACCCGGGAGGCUCUGCUGGAGGAGGAGGGCCUCCGCGGGUGCCUCUGAGGAGAGGAGCCGGAGCCUGGAGAGGAACCCCUCUCUCUGGAGAGGCGGGCUGGAGCGGCCUUGGAAGGAUGUCCUUCCAUCGUCACACCCACGGGUGUCGGGCAAUGGCAACCUUGAGCUGCUGAACUCAACCUCUUGGCAGGUCCCUACCAGGAGAGGCAGGCGUCCCCGAAGAAGGUCUCAAGAUGUAGCAGAACCUCCCGACACAAAUUCCGACUCUUGGAGAAGCCCUUCCCCUGAACCAAUGGACUCUGGGGGCUCAGCCCGACUCUUUGUGGCCCUCUUUGACUAUGACCCUCCCUCAAUGUCUCCAAACCCCGACGCAGCUGAGGAAGAGCUCCCCUUUCAGGAGGGACAGAUCCUGAAGGUUUAUGGCCACAAGGAUGCUGACGGAUUCUACAGAGGAAAAUGCGGGGGGAGAACGGGCUAUGUCCCCUGCAACAUGGUCUCCGAGGUCCAGGUGGACAGCGAGGCCACCAGGAAGCAACUCCUAGAGGAAGGACGGAUCCCUACAGACAUGCUGGUGGAAAGUCUAGAUAACGGUGUGUUUUCCCCGCCUCCUCGUCGCCUCACAGUUCGCCCACCAAAACCUCGGCGGUCCAAAAAAGUGGAACAGGAGAAGCAAGAAGAGAAGAAUCCUUGCUUUGAUGCUCACAAAGGUCAGGAUCUGAGCUCUGAGGACGAUGCCCCAAGGACUAUGGUGGCCAUCUUUGACUACAACCCCAAAGAGAAUUCUCCCAACCUGGAUAUGGAGGCAGAGCUGAGGUUUUGCGCUGGGGAUAUUGUCACUGUGUUCAGUUCCAUGGACGAUGACGGGUUCUAUUACGGGGAGGUGAAUGGGCAGAAGGGCCUUGCACCAUCUAACUUCCUGGAAGCAAUGUCCUUGGAUGGAGAGCUACCUGCGGAGCCCAACCUUGGAAGGCAGAGAAUGAGAAAGCGGAGAGUCCAGUGACACACGCCAGGCAGGCAGAGGGAGACAGAACGACGGAGAGAAACCAUCAGCGGCAUUCACCAGAUUAUGAGGCACAGCCUUCUGUCUUGGAGUAGCAGCUAGAUAGCCCCAUGCCAUCUCAGUCAGAUGAGAGCCUUUGACCCAUGGGCCUCUCGUGCUUCGGACGUAUCAGCUUGGAAGAAGGAGAAGAUAAGCUUCUGUGGGUCUGAGCAAGGCUGGCGAUGACGCAGAGCUGAGACGCUGCAGUGCAAGAUGAAUUCUGAUUACCAGAAACUUAAGCCUUGCUGGCAGUUUACUUCCAGGAACUGAGGAUGUGCUGGUCGCUCUGUGAAGCGCUCUAGAAAGGGACUCCGACAGGAACAUUUGCCAUUUUAGUUUACCUUUUCUCUGAUGUGUGGUUUUGGCCGUGAUGUUGUCCGAUGGAUGUUUCCCAUCUCCAUUAUCUGAGAAAACGUUCCCCUUGGUUAGGAACCAAAGCUCCUUUCCCUAGGCCUGCAUGGGGUGGGGUGGGGACUCUCCACCAGUCCAGGAUUUUCCUUGAGGCCUCCCACUGGUCUGUUGGGGAUAGAUUUUUACAGCAGGGGUAUCUGAGAAAAAGACGGACAGUGAUCCCACCACGAUGUAUGUGUGUCAUGUUUUCUGAAAGCUGAAAUAGAUUUUACUUGGGAUUCCCACCCACUGGCUAUUCAUGCAGAUUCACACUACAGGCCUCGUGCAAUUUAUAAUCCAGAUCAUGGAAGAUUCUAAAUUGCUAGCAAUUGUGGCAGAGUUUUCCCUCUCACACUAGGAUCACCAUUUGAGGAUUUAAUGCCAGAUAGGCCUAAGCGGAUGAGGAGACACAUAUGGUCAUCCAGAUGUGGUUCCCCAGCAGCCACCAUGGCCAAUGAUCUGGGAUGAUGGAGGAGAUGGUGACUUGCCAUGCUGGUUGUACUUUGCCCCCUUGGUCAGAGGCAAUAAUGCUUCUGAAAACCAGUUUUCUGGAAAUCGCAGAAAGGGAGGGUGCUCAGGUCCUGCUUGCGGUCUUCCCAGAAGAGGCAUUUUGCUGGCCACUGGGAGAACACGAUGCUGGAGGGCACUUCUGAACUCCCUCUGAAUGAGGCACCAACAGUUGCUGGAAACCACAAGAGGGAAGAGUUGCUCUUGCGCUUGGGUUCUGCUUGCAGGUUUCCCAUCCCACAGGCACCUCGUUGGCCACCGGCCUAGACGGGCUUUUGGUUUCAUCCAGCAGGCUCAUCGUAUGUUCUUAUGACUCCACCAACAUUUGAACAACCCAGAGCCUCUGGGUAAUUUUGGUCACAGUGACUUAGCAGUCUGGGAGCCCUCGUCUCCUCAGAGUCUUUUCACAUUCUUGCACUGGAUCAGAUCCUGAGGGCCAUUAUAGUUCUCUUUGCCACUGGGCAGGGUGUUUUAAGACAGGUCAGCUGAAUAAGGUCCUCCCCCCUACUCUUGAGGAUUCUCACUUCAUAUCUUUUUACAGUCCUUGAAAUUCCUCAAGUGUUUCCCUCAGUUCAACACCCCAAAUCUCGGGAUUUUACAUUCUGCAAAAUUCAACUUCACAGCACUCUUUUCAUAAUAGCUUCGUUUCCUACCUCACCAAACCUACCAGAACAUGCAGGUGACAUUUGGCAGGACCCAUUCCAUAGAUUUCUGGCUGCGUGAUAAGGACAGCCUUGCUGGGUGAGACCAAAGGGCUCUAUCCUGUUUCCCAUAUGCUUCCAGGAAGCUCACAAGCAGAGCAGGGGGAAAACCUUCAAAGUAUUUUCAGAACCAAGUGUUUUGAUAAAAUCCAGCACCUUUCACACAUUCCCACAUCUCCGGGGCUAGUGAAAAAAUCCCCCAAGCAGGUUGGUCGAGCAUGGGACUAUAAAAUAGGCCCAAAAUUUCUCCUUAAAUGAAAUUUCUUGUUCUGUAGAAACUCUGGAGAAAUUUCUUUUUUU